UUUAACCAGUGUCAUUUAUGUUUAUAAAUUCACAAUUUUCAAUUGUUUUAUUCAAAAUCAUUAAUUCCGUCCACCUUGCACCUCUCAUUCCGUCCGUGCACAACACAAAAACAACGUACAAAGUGAUGAGAUAAUAAGUGUUCACGAGCGUCGAUCGCUCAAAUUUGUGCAACCAAGACUACAAGAAAGACAGAUAUGACGCGUCCCGGUCCUCCCAGCGAAAACCUUCCCACUAGUUGAUUUGCAUUGAGCCAUGGUGUCCAUAUUCAAAGACUGUGACCGUGUGAAACUUGUGGUGGUAGGCGAUGGUGGUGUUGGUAAAAGUGCAAUUACCAUUCAGUUCUUCCAGAAAUUGUUUGUCACAGAUUAUGAUCCCACCAUCGAAGAUUCAUACAUUCAACAUACAGAGGUGGAUGGACAAUGGUGCAUACUUGAUGUACUGGACACGGCGGGCCAGGAGGAGUUCAGUGCGAUGCGGGAGCAGUACAUGAGGAAGGGCGACGGCUUCCUGCUCGUGUACUCGGUGACGGACAAGCAGAGCUUCGAGAAUAUAAGGCACUUCCAUACGCAGAUCCUGCGAGUGAAGGACCGCGAGACGUACCCCAUGCUGGUGUCGGCCAACAAGGUGGACCUGGUGCACGCGCGCGCCGUGAGCGAGGAGGCGGGCCGCGAGCUGGCGCGCGCGCUGGCCGCGCCCUACAUCGAGACCAGCGCCAAGGAGCCGCCGCUCAACAUCGACGCCGCCUUCCACGAGCUCGUCCGCAUCAUCCGCAACCAUCCGCAGCAGGAGGAGAAACAGCGCCGCCGCAGGAAACUUUUCGGCCGGUGCGCGCUGCUCUGAGCCUCUCGACGAGCCGGCCUCUCGCGAGGUCCAGUCGUCCGUCUCCAUUGAAACACUUGGUAAUAUUUGCGUUCGAAAGUUUUCCGAAACUUCAUGAUGUCACCGAAGAUCACACCGAUGUCUUACCGAUCUUCGUUUACAAGUCAAUGUAAUUACAACAGUGUCACCGCCGCGCGUUGACGACGCGAGUUUCCGAUUAUUCUUUUGCGGAGACGCAGAUUGACGUCCGUGUGGGCUGACGAACUAGCUCGGCACGAGGGAAAUUACUAAUUAAAUACUGCACAAGGGAGUCGUUAGACGUAUUCACGUACAUAUAUGAAUGUUACAUGUACGUUUGUGAUAUAUUUUUUAAAGCUUUAUUUCCAAAGUAUUAUCUGAAAUUGUUUUCUUAAGAGAAGUAUUUUGUUAAUUUAUUUUUAGUUCUACUUAUAUUUCGUGGUAUCUUUAAAUCAUAGGAGAUACAAAUUUAAAAUGGUUCGUUUUUUAUUUUAAUAUAUAGAUUUAAAGCUAUUUAUCAUAAUGGCGAAUGGUUGACACGACAGUUGAGGACACGUUUUUAUGUACGUAUGUGUCUUUUCCGACAUCGUUAAUGUAUAUGUUCAUAAAGUCGACCUAUAGCUGAGGUACGGUUAACAAAACAUCUUUGCAAAUUUAACAAGAAUCUACUAAAUUCAGAUUAAUUCAGCGUAAAUUUGCAGAUUUUUUUGGGAGACAUUAAUUUAAACAAUUCCUAUUCGAUUAGUUAUGUCCACACUGUGCGUUUUCAUCUUCAACUUCCGUCAUCAUUUUUCUAUUCAACUUUCCCUUGACGAUUCCUUAAUCGAAUGCAACAUUGAACGCGAUGCCAACUUGGUCAUUUUGUUUCGGGCAGUGUUUUUUUUUAAUUCCUCAUGGACGCCUGGGAAUGGAGGGCCCAGGCAGUGCCGGACUCUUACCGACUAAAACCCCAUUUGUCAUCAUAUUAUAUUAUUUCAGGGUCUUUAUUUACAAUUUUUGUACAUACAGUUUAAAACUUAUAUUUACGUCUAAAACAUUUUAUAUAAUACACAAUUACAGCAAAACUACCAAUACUACUAUUUGACUACUUAUCUACGUUUCUAAUAUUAACAAUUUUACAUAUUUUCACACAAUAAUCCAUUAAAUCAUUUCUGUACUCUUUGUUCUCAAUUAAUUCCGGUAGGCUACUCCUUUCCAGUUUCACCCCCGUUUUAUGUUCUAAAUUAUAUUUAUCUAUUUGGUGGAUGGGGCACUCGAGCAAACAGUGCAGCGUUGAUUCCACCGCCUGUGGAUCGCAUAGACAUGAUGGGUUCUCCCUACACUUGAACCGGAGUAUUCGGAGAAUCCACCAUGUCCCGUGAGCAUCUGCGUUAGGUAGCUCUGGGGUUUAUGCGCCUUUAUGUCUUAAUUAUUUUAUGCGCCUUUACCGCGUCCGGAAAGAACGCUCUCGUUACGGAAGCGGUCCCUCCUGACUGGUAUCCCCGGUUCCAUUCAUCGAGAGUCUUCUCACGAAUGUUCCUCUUGACGAAUGAAACCGGAACCUGGUCGUAGUCCGGCUUUCUCCGGCACGUGAGCGCCCCUUCCUUCGCCAGGCAGUCUGCGCGUUCAUUUCCGGGAAGACCCGCGUGGGCUUUGAUGCAAAACAAGGAUACCAUCUUGCUUUGAACCAAAGCCCGAUGUAAAUUGCGUCUAAUCUCCACCGCCAACGGGUGAAGGUUCCAUUGGCCCGUUACGGUCUCCAGCGCUGCUCUGGAGUCACUGUACAGACAAAGGAACUCCCCUUGUUCUUGAGGUUCUCGCUUGUGGCUCUGCAGAUGGCCAGGAGUUCCGCCUGGUAGACUGUGCAGUACGCGGGUAGACUGAGUUUGACUGCCUUGGUCUCGACCUCAUUAUUCCAUCAGGAUAAUGCAGCCCCUACCCGACUGCCAAUCUUGCUUCCGUCGGUGAAGAUUCGCACCUGCUGCACAUUGUUUUGGUCUACCUGGUUCUGGUCUGAGAGACUUCGGAUCUUCAGGUCCAUCUGCAUCGCCGGGUGAAGAGCGUCCGCAAAUCCAGCCGCUCGUUCAGUCUCUCGAUCACCCAGUACUAAGCGGGAUGACCCUCUCCGUGCCUCGUCAAGGGCGGCUGCUUCCUUCACUCUUAGGUCGAGAGGUAGUAUCCCGGCCAGUACUAGUGCCGCGUUCAGAUAGACUGUGCGGUAGGAUUUAUAUAUAUAUAGCUUCUAAGCGAAACCUCUCUGGACCGCGUUCAGAUGUUUUUGUACGCCAAGUUUUCCCGCUGCAGGCGCCCACGCCGCUGCUGCGUAAGUAAUAAUUGGCUCUAUUGCUGCUGUAUAAAUUAGCCUAAUUAUUUCUGGGUGUAAACCCCAGCUAACCCUUGCGGCUUUCGACAGCCUUUUGUACAUAUCUGUGCCUUUGGCACAUAUGUUCGCGACGUGGUUGUUGAACGUGAGCUUUCUGUCUAUCGUGAGCCCCAGGAUUUUGAUCACGUCAGCCAUUCCGAUAUCCACCCGGCCAUGCUCAAACGUGGGGUGUCGUAUUUCAAUUUAUUUGUCAUGAUCAUUGCGCAGGUCUUAUGUGGUGCGAAUUUCAAUUUAUUCGCUACAUCCCAUUCGUGAGCAAAACUCAGGGCGGCUCCGGCCUGUCUCUCAAUCUCAAGAGCCGUGUCUUCCGCAAAAAUCAUCACUACGUCGUCAGCUAAUGCUUGACAGAAGUACUACUUCUCCAUUUCCUGUAAUAGUGAGUAAAUCUAGCAAGAGAUUCCACAGGAUAGAGCCAACUAUUGACCCUUGCACACAUCCUUUGUUUGUGGCUCUUACCGUUUCUUCCCCAGCGUAUCUGAGUCUGACUUUCCUUUCGUCGAGAUAACUAUCUAGUAGCCGCCUGAUGUUUACCGGUACUUUUUCCUCAGCCAGACGAAUUCUGAUUGCUGGCUACCAUGCGCUGUCGAAGGCUCCCUCUAUAUCUAGUGACACCAGGGCGACAAGCUUUUUGAGCUUAAUCUGCCCCUUUAUUGUGGUGUAUCAGGGUAUAGAGGGCGUCCUCGGUGCUCUUCUGGGGCAUGAAUCCGAACUGGUGAGUACUGAAACGCGGUAUUAGCUGCUUUUGAUCCUUGC